ACUAGUACAGUUUCACUUGGGAAGCACUUUGGGAUUGCGUUUUAGAUCAGCACACCAUACCAGUUGGUGGCGGUAAUGCACAACUAAAUUGUAUGCCAACCGACAGUAAAGGUACCAAAUGAAGAAAAUGCAGGCGAAGAAGAAGAAGAAACUGAGAAAAUCGUCAUCUCUAAAAUGCAGUAAUACGAACAACAAUAAGAAGAGAAUUGAACAAGUUACUUGGAGUUUCGGAUUUUCACACGAAGAUGGAGGUUAGCUGGAGGGCGAAAAUUUCGGACUUCUCUCGCAAUCCCUCCCGUUUCAUUUCUUCCAACUCGGCUGAGACUUUCCUUGCCGAGUUGCUCCGUGAGUUACGAGAUGACAGAGUUACCGACACAACUAAGGUCUAUCUGCUGUCCCCACUAUGUGAACAACCAACUCUCCUGUGUCCCACUAAAUCAGUUGGUGAGGACACAGCCCUGGAGCUCCUUUCAGUUUUUGCCCACAGUUCAGAUACAUCUGUUCAAUUUCGCAGUAGCCUCCUCAUCACCUUGACCUCCGUCCUCAUCUGUACCUGUUGCGUGAGCCGCAAAAUACACGUGUGUGUGGACUUCCUGGAUCUGCUCAUUCAGAUAGUGCAGGAUACCUCUGACUUACAUAAUGACAAUAGUUUCCUCCUAAGAGCUACAGCAUGUGAAUGUCUACAGGAGUUGGAGACAUGCUGCCCCAACCUUCUUUCUCAUAUGCUUGAGUUCCUAGGUGGGCUUUGGACCAAAGAAACCUCGAGACUUCACCAGCCUUAUGCAAGACUCCAUACUUUAGUGUUGAAAAACUGUGUUUAUCAACUUGCCUUGGAUCCUGGAUCGGGUGAUGAUCAUCUAAAAAUUCUGUUAGGGGAAAAUCCAUUCGUCAACUGGGAAGCAGACCAGGGAUUGGCUCAAAUAGAUAAAGACUCGGCCAUUUUAUCCUCCCUUAUAAUGGCUCACGUGGAUCCGGUGCCAAUUCUUCAGACUGGACGAGACUGCAAGGAUUUGCGUUCCGUCCUGUCCACAACCCUGGAGAAUUCUUUUCUUCUCACGCCAUUGUGUCAAGCGGCAGUUCUACACCGGCUGAUGGAGGUGGUUGCCAUGGUGCCUGCUGUUCCCCCAUCCAUAUUUAGAGCUCAGCUUCUGCGAAUGCUUGGAACCGGAGAGGUUUGCCUUCUUCAUAGCACUUUGCAGAUGAAGUUUGCCUAUACGGACAGCCUGUUCACCACGGAUGAUGAAGCUUUCAUGCUGAGACGAUUGGUUGUUCUUGCACAGCAUCCACUUUUGACUACAUCGGAGAAGCUUUUCUUCACUGAUUAUAUUUUGCAUUUUCCUGAGAACAGGCCAAUCAAUUGCGGAAAUGGUCACGAAUCUUCCCCACUGUUACUAACGCCUCAAUUAGUGUGUACUCUUGUACCCACUGUUCUCAAUGAUUAUGCUACUUUGCUGGCCCGCUUCAAUCUGCUGUUGCUGAUCCACCAGGAAGAGGGUGAAAAAGAUGGAGAAGAAGGCAAAGGUAUCCCAUUUCUCUACGAACACCUCAGCUUGCUACUCAACGUUGUGGCGAAAGCACACAGCCGAGAGCUCGUCGUCACAUUUUUUAGAGCAGUUUUCCUUUUUCUUGUAUAUUUUUGCCACGUGGAGGUAUACUCUGACAGCAUAGCAGAUCAACUGUGCACGCUUUAUCGCCAUCAAACUCACCUGGCGCCACAAAUCCUCAACUUGGUUGACCAGGCUUCUGACAUGUUCCCUGAAUGUAAUUGGGCAACAAGACUCUGCAGGGCCCUGCAGGACAUUAUCACUGCGGUGCCCCCUACGCAGCUGACCUUAUCAGACCUCAGGUGGCACCUCAAGGUGCUGGCUCGAGUGGCAAAAGAAGAGGAUAUCCCUCAGAUGAGCACGCUUCGACUGCUUUCCAACAUAGUCGUCACACCUUCACUUUCUCUGAGUAGCGACUGGCGUCUGGGAAACAUUGUGUUGGGACUUUGCCGGCGCUUGAUGACGCAUCCCAAUCUGCCUACGUUGUUUACACCUUUGGCAAAUAUCCUGCAACAUCUCAUCUUUUGCUACGGCGACGCAGACAUUCAAGAUCACGCCCGACUAUACUAUAGUCUCCUGACCUCUCUCUCAAGGGAAAAAAUGACUAGAAUUUUAACACAGGAUUUGAGAGAGGAAGGACAAAAUGUCAAACACUCACUAUCUGGCAUCAUGGCAGACACCGAGAGACUAACAAGCGUGCUGACUAUUCACCAGACAGAAAAACCAGUACUGAAACUGAUUGAGUUGAAAAAUACAGAGUCAGAGAGGAUAAACAAAACUAGUCUGGAAAGUGAGGCACAGGACUGCCCAGAACUGGAAGCAUACAGGGCUCAAUUCAAAGAUCCUUCUUUUGGCUCGCAGAUUAAAUUGCACUACCAGGUAAAUCAUAACAUGUAUAACCUACCUUGCUUCGAUGAAGUCUUCAGCAUACACCUACACUUCAGUUCAAGGGACAACAACUAUGAAGAACUCUGCGACAUCAAUGUCCCCUGUCUUUUCAGAGAGAGAGAGUCUCCUGUGGUUCAACUUAGAUUGAAGCCUAGGUUGCCGUUCCCUACCACCCUCAGUUGCAGUGCUAUUUUCAGCACCUUGAACGGCCUUGUUUGGUACACUGUACAGCCAGAUAUCCAUGUGUUUUUCAGGCAAACCUUUCAGCCAUUGGUUGUACCCACCACUCGGGGAGCAGAUGCAAAACUGAAUGUUUUUGAGGGCCUCUGGGAUGAAAUGAUUGAGGAACAAGCAGAUAAUGCCACCACCCUGUUUUGUUGCCAGCUGCAAACAGGAGAACUGUGGUCUAUGGUAGAAAAACAUUUGCGCCCCUUCCUCGUAUCAGGUUCUGCCAAUGAUACUGAAUUAAAGUUGAUUUUUUUCAUCCCCCCUCAAUUCCACAUACUGCUAAAAGUCAUUUCGGAAGAUGAUGCUGUCCAUUUCAAUAUCGCAACAGAUAAUUGGCGGCUAUUGCCUCACUUUGCUUAUUUUCUCAGUAACCUAUAAACCAAUUUGCCAGAAAAGGUUACCGGUAAUUCAUGACAUAUUUAAGAACGCUGCUAUGAUUGUAUUGCUCUCUGUGCAAUUGAAAAUACGGCCAGGAAAUACAGUUCGUUGAUGGGAUCGUCUUCAGAUGUACAGGUAGCCCACAGGUGUCAAACAGAUUCCAGAAAGGGCCAAGUGGGUGCUGGAUUUUGUUCCAACCGAUACUGCGCAUAGAGUUUAACCAAUGAACUUUCUGCUGAAACAAGCAGCCCCUGACAAUGAUUAACUGAUUACAUAUGUAAAAGAUCUUAUUGGUAUAAAGGUAUCCUCUUCAUUGGUUGGAAAGCAAACCUGCACCCACUUGGCCCUUUCUGGAAUCAAUUUGACACCUGUGAGGUAGCCCCUACGUUACAACGUAACCGACUUCAUUGAUUUUGACUUUACGACUUUGGAGUCUCGUACGCCUUCAGUUGUUUUAUAAAUUAAUUGCUUUUGACUUGCUUUGUGAUGCAUGCUUUUAUUUUGGCUCAGAAAGCGUAGAGCAGGUACAACCCCUAGCAAAAGCAUGGAAUGACCAGUCUCGGACGAGCACUCACUCCUACAUGAUAAAAUGUCUAACAAACUCGGAUAAAAAGCUUGAAAAAAUAAUGAAUUACUUCAAAAGUGCAACUCUUUAGCAUUCAGAAACACUAAAAUAAAUAACAUUGUGGUGGUCAGUAAAUGUUAGUUAUAUAGAGCGAAUGCAAAUAUAUAUGGAAUCACUCCAUUCUGAGGAAAAAAUAGGGAAUCAUGAGAAACGAAUAACAAUCAAAACACAUCUCUAGUAUUUAGUAGCACCACCUACGGCUUUUAUGACAGCUUGCAGUCUCUGAGGCAUGGACUCGAUGAGUAUUCUUCAUCAAUUUAGUGCCAACUCUCUUUGAUUGCAGUUGCCAGAUCAUACUUGCAGAUCGGACCCUUGCUGUAGACCAGGGGUGGCCAAAUCCGGUCCUCGAGAGCCCCUAUCCAGCUUGUUUUCCAUGUCUCCCUCCUUGAACACACCUAAAUCAAAUGAUCAGCUCAUCAGCAAGUUCUGCAGGAGCCUGAUAUUGAUCCUGAUUAUUUGAGUCAGGUGUGUUGGAGGACGGAGAAAUGGAAAACAAGCUGGAUAGGGGCUCUCGAGGACUGGACUUGAGCACCCCUGCUGUAGACCAUUUUUUAAAUCAAUGUCCACCACAGGUUUUCAAUAGGAUUGAGAUCUGGGCUAUUUGCAGGCCAUGACAUUAGCCACGUUUACAUGCUGCCUUUUAUUCAUACCGAUUCAAAUCAUUCCGAAUGGAAAUUUCACAUCAGCUGUUUACAUGUCACUUCAUCUAUUCCGAUCCAGCGUUUACAUGUGACUGCCUUUAUUCCGAAAGGACGUUUGACAACUGCCGUCUGACAUGCGCAGAUUAAUCAAAACAAAGCGUCACGUUGCAAAACAUGGAGAUUGAUCGUCAGAUCAGCUGCUGUUUUAACUUUUCGAGUGGAAACAAAACUUCAGAAUGAUACGCCGUUCAUUUAAAAAGUUGUGUGGGUGCGCUGUGCGUGUGCUUGGAAGCCAUGUUGCAAGUGACGUCACCACGUCAGUACGGAGCAUGCGCAGAAAGAACGCAACCAGACACCAUUCCGCUUCCCUGUUUACAUGAUAUAAUUUUACUUCUAAUCGGUUUGGGAAAAUGAAUAUUCCACCCCUGUGAAUCGGAAUGAAAUUCCAUUCGGUUUGGGCCUGUUCAUUCCGAAUGAGGUGUUUAUAUGGAACACAUUUAUUCGGUUUGAACAAAUAUUCCGAUUGUAAUUGGAAUAUUUGGCUCCAUGUAAACGUGGCAACUGACUGGAUGAGUCUUUCUCCAAGGAAUGCUUUAACAGUUUUGGCUCUGUGGCAUGAUGCAUUGUCAUCUUGGAAAAUGACAAACAUAUUUUCAAUUGAAGGGAUAAGAAAGCUGUCCAAAAUUUCAAUGUCAACUUGUGCAUUUAUUGAAGAUUUAACCACAGCCAUCUCCCCAGUACCUUUGCCUGACAUGCAGCCCCAUAUCAUCAAGGACUGAGGGAAUUUUUAUGUUUUCUUUAGGCAGUCAUCUUUGUGAAUCUCACUGGAACAUAACCAAACCAAAGUUCCAGCAUCAUCACCUUGUCCAAUGCAGAUUCUUGACUCUGGACACCUUGUCCAAUGCAGAUUUUUGACUUGACAAGGUGAUGAUGCUGGAACUUUGGUUUGGUGCUGAGGUGGUGCUACUAAAUACUAGAGAUGUGUUUUGUUAUUUCUUUGUUACAAUUCCAUAUUUUUUCCUCAGAAUGGAAUGAUUGCCAUGUAUAUUUCCCUGCACUUGCGCUAUAAAAGUAACAUUUUCUGACCACCACAAUGUUUUUUAUUCCUUUUAGUGUUUCUGAAUGCGAAAGAGUUGCACUUUUGAACUAAUUAUUUUUUCAAGCUUUUUAUCUGUUUGUUCUACUUGAUAAAAUGUCUGAGUGAGUGCUCGUCCGGUACUGGUGAUUCCAUACUUUUUGCUCGGGGUUGUAGUACUUCCACACGCGAGUAAGAAUGCAUGUACACAUGAAGAACAACGUAUGUGCAAACACGGAGAAGAGCGCACGCGCACAAACGAGGAAGAGCGCAUUUGCUUACACAAAGAAGUCACACAGUUGAGUGGGGGAGAGAGUGGGGGAAAGAUUACAGCUGCAAGCCUGCACGCACAUUUGUUACUUGUGAAGCAUCCACAGAGGCAACACCUGUGUAUAACACCUUUUGUACUGUUUAUUGUGCGUUUUCAAUGGUGGUCAAAUACUUGGGUGUGUUGAUGUGAUUGUUUUUGAUAUGUGGACGCUAACUGAUACAUGCUAAUUGUUUGCAGUUAUACACGCAAAUUUCAAUUGCUGUUAUUGAAGUUGAAACUGAUUUAAUAUCAUUUUUAAUUUUAGUUUUAUUCUGCAAGUGUUGAUUUCAUGAGAAGCUAAAUAAAGUCAGCAAAACACACCCAUGUCUGACAUUGUAAUUUCAGAGCUUAGCUCGCAGUCCAGCUUGGACUUGGCUCCAACGUUUUGGCGAGGAAAGUACAAUGAUGUAUAAUUAAUGUUUUUGGAUAGUUAUUUUGCGAUUUGGGGGGGAUCUAAGGGUCCUUAAACUGUUUAUUCCGACAACAAGGAAAUUUGGGUUACGUCGCCAGCGUAGGAACGAAACUCGUUCACAACCCGGGGACUACCUGAAAUGUGCUUUUUUUUAGCAUAUGCUAGAGACGUCCUGCUCGCAUAUAUUUGCACCUGGGUCAGAGUCACCUGAUUUUGAGAAUUUGCCUAUACCGAAAAAAUGUUCCAAACAUGUUACUGUCCCACCGUGACGCCUUCAUAAUGUGAACUAGGGCUGGGCGAUUUGGCCUUAAGUACAUGUCACGAUAAAUUGAGCAGAUUUACCUCGAUAACGAUAAAUGACGAUAAAUUCGCCCAAGCAGACCGUUCUAUAAUUUGAAAAUUUGAAUCAAUGCAUGGAAUACAAAUUAAGUUUCUCCUAAAUUUAUUUAAUUAGCUUUCAAUUUAACAAUUGCACAUGCAGUCUAAACAUUAAGUAUUAAAAAAAUCUUGUAAACAAUAAGAAUUCUAGUGUGAACAUUUAUAACAGCUUGUAUGACUUGAAAAAUGUACAAUAUUAUAAAAAUCAAUAUGACAACUGUGCAAAUGUCAUUCUAACACAAUUGACUUGCAGCUUUAACAGUAAACUUCAGACAACUUAUUGGUAAUGGCUGCUGUGACAUAAUUAUUCAACAAGUGUUUACGUCAAGGUUUCAGUUUUUUUUUUUUUCCCGAAACAUUUUUUAAUACAUGCACCCCCCACACAGACACAACCAGAUUAAAGCUGUAUUGCUCUGAUGCCAAUGAAACAUUUAAGGGUUUAUGAUGGCAGUAUAAAGCAAACACAUACAGAAAAAUAGCUGUGGCCAUUAAACUGUUAUAGGCUUCACUGUUGGAUUAUACUUUAUGCUGAGUGCUUUACCAUCAUGAAAGCUUUCAGAGAAACACAGAGAUGCCAAAUAAUGCGACAUGAUGAUUGCUACAUGAAGUCCGUGCCCAGUCCACUCAUUAAUUUCAGCCGUUUCGACAAGGUUAGAGCCGCUGUCCGACUGUUUCACGUUCAUUUGUAGCCGUUGUUAGCCGCUAGCGUUAGCCUGUGGCUUGGCUACCAGAAGAAAGCACUGAAAGCAUCCUCUCCUGAUAUCGUGAGAACCAGGGAGGACAGCGGGUGAAAGCCCGUCUGGAACCCGCCAAGCUAACUUAAGCCCGACUCCAUCCCAUUUACUUGUAGCGUUAGCCGCUAGCGUUAGCCUACCGGGCUUCUGUUUGACUGGCGUCCUGAAAACCACGUGACUCCAUACGUAAGCACACUGUCUGCUUUCUUAAAGGGAAAUGAACAUAGCCGAACAACACCGCGUCAAAGCGGGAUAAAAAGACUAUUUUCUUGUUUUAUUAAAUUACCGAAUUUACCGACAUGGUCAAAAUUACGUCGGCCAUUGUGAAGAAUUUCGGUGGCGGUAAAUUUUCGGUUUACCGCCCUGCUCUAAUGUGAACUAUUAUUAAACAAGAAUAAUGUAGAAAAAUGCUCUAACACAAUGAGUUGCCACAGCAGACUUAUGCAAGUUUAACAAUGAUUGAUACAUUUGUGCCUUUGAACGUAGCGCCACUGUGCUUCUCUACCAAGAUCAAAGCUACAAACCUUUCAAUCAUCGUUAAUUUUAAGUACCAAAUGCAAGUUGGACAGUUUGGCCACACUGCUUAGCAGGGGGGAGAGAGAGAGAGGUUGUGGCUCUGUACGAGCAUGAAGCAGAAAAACAUAAAUGUAUUUUUUAAAAUUAAAAACCCCAUCCUUUUUACCCGAUUCCGAACCUCUGAAAAAUUUCCGACCAUGUGAUCGGAUCAGGACAUCCCUAGAAUAUGCUUUAGUUUCUUAUUUGUUUCCCAAAAUAUUUGCAGUGUAUUUCUUGCAUUUUGUUCUC